CACGCCUUUUAUUGCGGUAUUAAAGGGCUAGUGAUGGGGACAUUCAGCCGGCAGGAGUUCUUCCAGGAGCUGACCCAUGGCUGUCUCCUGCCUACAGCCCAGCAGGGCUUGGAGCAGGUCUGGCAGCUGUUGGUCAUCUGCCUGCUGUGCCGACUCCUCUGGAUGUUUGGUCUCCCCUCAUUUGUGAAGCACCUGAGCACUGUGGCGGGGGGCUUCUACACCCUCUACCUGUUCUUUGAGCUGCACAUGAUCUGGGUGGUCCUCCUCAGCCUCCUCUGCUACCUCAUCCUCUUCCUGUGUCGGCACUCCAGCAUCCGAGGCACCUUCCUCUCCAUCACCGUCCUCAUCUACCUGCUGCUAGGAGAGCUGCACAUGAUGGACACGACCACCUGGCACAAGAUGAGAGGUUCCCAGAUGGUGGUAGCCAUGAAGGCUAUCUCGCUGGCCUUUGAUCUCGACAGAGGGGUUGUUAAGAGUGUGCCUUCACCUAUAGAGUUCAUGGGCUACAUUUACUUUGUGGGCACCGUCAUAUUCGGUCCCUGGAUCAGUUUCAACAGCUACAAGGAUGCCCUGGAAGGACGUAAACUAAGCUUUUCAUGGUUCUUCAAAGUGUCCAUCAGCUGGGUGAAGAGCCAGUUCUGCCUUGUUAUAUCCAACUGUGUGGCGCCCUACCUCUUUCCAUACUUCAUACCUAUCUACGGGGACAAGUUACUACGCAGCAAAAAGAGAAGGAAGAUCAGGGGUUCAUCAGCAAGGUGGCUGCUGGCGUACGAGAACGCAGUGUCUUUUCACUUCAGUAAUUACUUUGUCGGCUUUCUGAGCGAGACCACUGCAACGCUGGCUGGAGCCGGCUUCACAGAGGAGAAGGAAAACCUCAAAUGGGAUGUGACCGUGACCAAGCCACUGAGUAUUGAGUUCCCCAGGUCCAUGGUGGAGGUGGUCACCUCCUGGAACCUCCCAAUGUCUCGCUUCCUCCACACAUAUGUGUUCACCAGUGCUCUUAAAUUCGGAACGUUUUCUGCGAUCAUGGUGACGUACACAGCCAGUGCCCUCCUGCACGGCUUGAGUUUUCACCUGGGGGCAGUGUUGCUCUCUCUAGGGUUCAUCACGUACAUUGAGCAUGUAUUACGCAAAAGGCUGGCAUCCAUCUUUAACGCGUGUGUGCUGUCAAAGAAAUGUCCGCCCAACUGCCCUCAUCACAACAAAAAGGCGAUAUGGGUGUUUGUGAUAAACACAGCGUUCAGCGCCCUGGCCGUGCUCCACCUCACCUACCUGGGCUCUGUGUUCAACUCCAGCGUGGACUACAUGGAUGAGGAGGAGGACGACGUGACCCACCACACCAUCCAGAAGUGGUCGGAGCUGAGCUGGAGCAGCCACUGGCUGACGUUCGGCAGCUGGGUGUUGUACCGCAUCCUCCUAUAGUGGGGAGAGAGGACGCAGACCCGGGAAGGAGAUGAGUAAGAAAGCAAUAAGGGGACAACUUACUGCACGACUGCCUCUCAUAACACAACCCCAGCCCCGCCCCUCCCACUGUGAGCUCGUCCACCAGGGAUUGGCAGAGGGACCUCCGGAGCGAUCCAACCAAUCACAGCAAGCUGUGCGGUCGGGACCGAACGCGUGGAACCAGACGCUCCCAUUACAACCUGGGGACUGGCUGUUUUAUACUUGUAUAUACUGUAUAUACUCUAGAUCUAUUCACCCCAGCCUUUUCCUCAUCUCUUCCUGAACUCUGAGCUGCAGUUGCUAAUUCCACCUCUUGGGGAGUUGUGACGACAGCUUCAGGUAGCUCUCUGCGAGUCACAAUCAAUAGCCGUUGGCAUGGCAGCGAUUUGUUUGUUUUCACCGGACACUUCUGAGUAGCCUUUAUCUAGGGCUCGCCAUCGACUGUGAGAGUUGCCCGUCCAGUGGGAUUUUCCUUGGUGGUGAUAGCAUCUAUCCUUAGAAUUACUACAUCUCUACUCUUUUAGCCAUGUACUGUAUAGGUAAACAACCACUUCCCUUUGGAUCGAGAAAAAAAGCACAUGUUUAGGAAAUAAAGAUAGAUUUUAUUAUUAACAAUAGUAUUUUUUCCUAUUUGGGAAUUUUUGAUAGAGUGUGAAAAAUAACUAACUCGUUGUGUUUACAUCAGUGGUUUAGAAGUACUGUAGAAACUAAAAUAGGGGAUUGCUGCUAGAGGUCAUUCUCAUCAGCCUGCAUGUGGACGUCUCUGUCUAACAAACGCAGGUGGGGGCAGGGCCACAGGUUAAUAUUAUGUGAAUAUUAUUAAAAUAAUAAUAAUUAAAAUAAAAAAUCCCCUAAUUUGAUUCCCAUUCCUAUUUGAUUCAUGACAUUUUCCUGUGUGUUUCCUAUUGGUGUUUGUAAACCACUGUUUGAGAAUCAAUAUAUUUUUCUCCAUUUUUGUUAGCUGUGAACUUUAUCUCAAAGAACAUCAUAAAUCACCCUUAAGUCAAUGUUCUGAGUUAUAGACCUUCCGUUUUAUCUUGAUAUUAAUUUAUAUGUAUAUAUUUAUGUAUUCCGGUUUUAAGACGUGGUUAUUUUUUAUUGUUGUGUGUUUUCAUUUAUUUGUUUCAAUAAUCUUUUGUUAUUCACAGUAUUUAGUGUAUUUUGUCUUAUUUAUCGAUUCUGUUUUAAGCGUUAAUCCUAUAAUUCUCAUCAUGUUUGUUAGCAUACAAAUUCUCACUAUAUUUCCCAUUUUUUAAAGAUGAUAUAUUAUGGGCAUUGCACAAGCACCCUGCCGUGCCAAACAUGAUAACCCCAAACUAUUUGAAAUGCUGAACUGAAUUGUAUUGUUUCUAACAAAUUGGAGCCUAUGCAAAUGCUGCAGUAUUUCAAAUACAAUUUACA